AUGUGUUCUUCUUGGUGGUCACAGAUUCAUCCUAGGGAGAAAUCUCAGGAACCAUAUAGCGUAACCUGUGAUCUUAAUACGCUUAGGGACUCCAUUCCGAAUCGCGGCGAUGUUUGUCGCGUGAGCUUCGCCCAUUACGUGAACGGCGCUUCCCUCGAUAAAUUGGUAAAUCUCCACAAAUUUACUCCAGCUUCGGUCGUCGGUCAGGAAGUGGAAGGAGUGGCAAAAACAAAAAAGGCGUCGAAAAACAUUGCUUCGAAAGAAAUGCUCGCCAUUUUGGAGAAAGGCAUUGCCGACAUGAAUGAAGAACCUGAUCUAGAUCGAGUCACAGAUGACGAUGUCAACCCGACUACAGCAACUGCUCCAGCCGGAGAUGCUCCGAUCAUCGAUGAUGCUGUAGCAAUGGUAACCGAACUUCUUUCGAAUUCGAAGAGGUUUGAGCGUCCAACUCAGGAGUAUCGAAUUCUCGACAACAAAUGUGCUUUUGGCCUGACACAGUGUUUGCUGAAAAUCACGUUCUCGAGGCCAGGAGAAGAGCAGACUCGAACUCCGUACGUAUUUCCUGGCUCCGCCUCGACGGAGGAAGGAGCAAAGCAGCAGGCAGCACGCGGAGCUGUCCUGUUUCUCAAUCUAUGA